CAUCGAUGAAAUGAGCGGUCAAGCCCAACCACCCAAAAUGUCAAUUAGUAAAACCGGUAAUCACUAAAUUCAAUCUUAUUUUUAUUGCCCCUAUAAUUCUCUUAUGCUUCCCGGUAAUCAUUAUUCUUCCAAUUCAACCAUUUCCAAAACAUCUUCCGUUAAAAUAUUCUUAUAAUGCCUCAAGUUGAUCUCGAAACCCUAGUCGCGGCCUGCUCCGGCGGAGGAAACGACCGGAAAAUAACCUGUGAAACCCUCGCCGACGACGACGCCGUCUUAGAUCACGGCAAAGCCACGCCGCCGGAGUCGUUCUGGCUAUCGAAAGACGCAGAAUACGACUGGUUCGACCGGAACGCGUUUUACGAGCGAAAGGAUUCAACCAGAGCCAAUUCAAUUCAAUUUCAACCCACCACCUCCAAUCCCCAGCGCAGCAGCGUCAAGUCCAAGGCCUCCAUAAUCGGCCUUCCCAAAACCCAAAAAUCCGCCUUCGUCGACUCCAAACGCCGCGCCUGCAAACCGCCCAACAUAAGGCUGUUCCCCAAGCGGUCCGGUUCGUCCGCAGGGAAGCCGACCGCUGAACCGGGUUCACCCAAGGUCUCCUGCAUGGGGAGGGUCAGAUCUAAGCGAGGCCGCCGCCCACGGUCCAAUUCCCUCAGAAAAACAAAUGAUAAACCGGCCGAGAAGAAGAAAACCGGGCUCUACUCGAAGGUGAUGAACUUGUUCCGGUCGAAGAAGAAGGCGUCCAGGUCAGGGAGCCGGAGAUCGAUGGAGAAUAUCGACGAACCGCCGCGGAUAAGCGUGAGCGUGAAAGCACCGGUUUGUAGCGAACCGCCCGGUUUGGGUGGGAUAACCCGGUUUGCAUCGGGAAGGCGGUCUGGUUCGUUUUUGGCUGAGGAGUUAAAUCCAGCUGUGAGGUUCGGGUAGUUGUUGGGUGACGUGGCACCUUGCAUAACUGUUUCCAGAUAUGCCAUUUUCUUAACGUCUUUCGUUUUCUUUUCUUUUCUUUUAAAAAAACAAUGCUUGUUUAUGGUUAUGAGAUUUUUGAGUUGGUAAACAUAGGUAACGGUUAUCAAAUUAUGACGGUGUAUAUAAAUAUAAGUCUUAUUUCUCCUGCUUAAUACUUUAAUCUCUGCGUGAUUAGAGUUGGUAAAUAUAGGUAAGGGUUAUCAAAUUAUGACGGUGUAAAUAUACCUUUUUUUUGUGUUGAGUGUUAUUUCUUCUGCUUAAUACUUUAAUCUCUGCGUGAAUCA